AUGUCCGUUCGCUUGUCCAACCCUAUCAAAAAGAGCCACCCUCCGGUGGAUGCCCGAACAGCUGAUUCAGUCUGCAAAGAUAUUGCUAAACACGUUACUAUCCAGGAUAUCCCCAAUCAGGUGUUUGCCGAAGCCUAUCUCUCUGGAUCUUCUCGUCAGCCUAAAAUAUGGACUUCCGCGGAGCAACGAUUAGUAAAGCGUAUUCAGGAUACACCACAGGGACAGGGGAAGACACUAUUCUCUGGCUAUGCGCCACUACUUCGCUUGCUAAAUUGUGUGAGCGAACAAACCUUCCAACAACUGCAACACGAAACUAGGCGGAAAGCUCUUGUCUUCCAUUCUGGUGAUAAGUGCCGGGUAAUGAAUCCAUUCACUGCACAGGAUCGUUGCCCAGAUAUUGUUACAAUAUGGGUUGAAUCGCAGGUCUUUCCACAGAUUGAUUACCCUGCGACGAAUCAAUUUCUGAAAUUUACCUGGUGUGAACUUGCUACGAUUGGAGAAGCCAAGAUAUCUGAGCACGGGAAGUACCAACUAACGAGCUACCUUCAGAACCAUCUUCAGCUCCACCCCGAACUCAACGCGGUUUUGGCGUUUGCCGUUAGAGCAAAUGGAUACGCGCUAUUUUAUCACGAUGCAGCUGUUUUUCAUCGCUCCAAGUUUAGCUGGGAACCGGGUCCAUUGUAUGCCUUCGUGCAAAAACUGUAUGCUCAACCAUUCCAAGAUCCCUCAAUGCGGCUAUUGGACCCCAAGCUUCCGGCGUGGGCCACGCAAAUCGGAAACGAUGUCUAUUUGUCCGAAACGCCACGCACUAUUGCCGGCCCAGGUCAACGGCGGUAUACAACCACAGCAGUAAACCUUGUCAACGAUGAGUUGGUGUUCAUCAAAGAUAUCUGGCGAGCCCAGAGUCGUUUUUUUUUCGAGGCGUUACUUUUUGAACAAGCCCAUAGAGGAACUCUCUUGCCUGGUCUUAUGGUGGUUCAUUCUCACGGCUAUAUACCUUACGGGGAUGGGGCGCACAUUCGGACAACCCAUCUCGGAAUCGACUCCAUCGGGGAGACCGAUGGGAGGUACAAGAUGAGAAUGGUAACGAAAGAUAUUGGGCGCCCUCUGGGGGGCAUCUGUUCGUUGCGCGAGCUCCUGUGUACCAUGUACGAUGCGUGUGUCGUACAACGUAACUUAUACCGCAAGUGUCAAAUAUUACAUCGCGACAUUAGCGAUGGUAACAUCAUGUUCGCGCCUCGCACUCAUCAGUAUCGGGAACGUUGUGCGAGGGGUGACGCCGAGGUAAAGUUUGUCAACCAAGUGUUGGCGAAGGACAUGAGUGUCGAGCCAGGGCCGACAUGUUUAAUAAUUGACCUGGGAAACGGUUCGGAUUUGAAAAUGAAGCGUGGCCAAGAUGCAUUGACGGAGCGGGCAGGGACCCCUAGAUUCAUUUCCCGUUCUGUUUCAUCCGGAAAAAUACUUCGCAAGGCAGAUUAUGACAGCCAAGGAGUGGUCAUGCCGUCAAUGGAAGGAUCACUGGCCGAUUAUCGCCAAUUCAUGCACACUACCGAGUACCAGGUUGACGACAACCCUGGUCCAACAACCAAUGGCGAGAUAAAAUUCUCACACCGGUUAUUCCACGACGCCGAAUCGACCUUUUGGGUUAUCGUUUGGACUCUCGCUCGGUCAAUUGGGGAAGGAUCCCAGGUGGAAACGGAACCUGAAGAUGAUUUCCGCGAGUUUUUCCACACGAUGUAUAGGCACCACCCUGGACGCGGAACCAAUGACUCCCGCUCAAAAAUAUGCUCCAAGUCUCUGGAAUAUUGGACUUCUAUCCUUCACCCAGACCUUGCAUCAUUGGAUCGGAUGCUUCAAGCGAUGUUCCUGUAUAUCAAUCCUGAGUGGGCCUAUCGACCUGAUUUAAACGCCGAACAUGUGCACGAGGCCUUGAUGCGACUAUUGCUUGCUGAGAUAGUUUGCAUCGAUGAAAGCGGAAAGGAUAUCUCUAUUGUUAUUGGUGGGCGUCCGAUCCCUCCUCCCCUUGACUACACGCCGUCACUACCUCCUAGCACCAUUAGUUCUCUCUCUUUCGCUGUUUCUCGCGCGCAAUCAAAUAGCUCUAAAGAACCUCAAACUACCAACUCAAACAGGUCCGGUUUGGAGAGCCUCAAACAUUUAAAAAAGCGCAGCAAACCUCCUGCUGAACCACAUGUAUUCGAUCUAGGCCACAGCAUGCAAGAGCUCUCAUUAGGAUCUGAUCACAAAAUCGUGCCCAGUCUUGAAGAGUCUGUACCGCCUCAAGACCAAGAGCUUGCGACUAUUCCACGUCAUAUGGACGUGAGCGCUGUCCAUGCGGUGAAUUUUGCGGCACCUCCCAUUGUGCCUUCAUACCAUAGUGGCAAAGUGCCUACAUUUUCCGCACCUUAUCCGUACGAUCCAGGCUACUAUAUAUGUAGCGAGUAUAAAUCACAUAACCACAUACGAGAGUCCACUUCAGCUAUAUGGUCCGAUUAUGACAAAUGGACGGAAUACGUACAUCCUAACGGCUCACUCUACUGGACAUGCUCUGCAUACCCUGGCCAAGUCGUAUCUGACGUGAAGCCACCCCUCUCUUCCUUGGACACCCGCGCCCCAAGCACGAUAUCCAGAAUCAUGGAUGGGUUAGGGGAGGUGCCUCUGGUUCAAGACUACCAUAAUUGGGAGAUAUACACCGACGGGAUUUCGUGUGUGUAUAUUGACCACGGCUCUCGGACGGCUAGCAAUGGGUUCGAAUCGCUCAGCAGCUUCAGAUCUCAGAUACAGAAGCUCCAGGUGAGUAUAGAUAUCGAGUCCAAAGUCAAGCUCGAGGCCGCGUACUGGACUUACAUGCAGUCUCACCCGAACCACAGAGAGUUGCCCGAAGGUGCUAUUGACGAUACAACUGAGGCUCUGGUCUGGUGUCAUGCAGGCAAGUAUACCGUUUCAACUUGUAGACCAGUUGAGGAAGAUGCCCGAGAGAUGACUGAACUAAUCAAAACAGUGGCAGAUUUGAAACGGUCUACCCUCAAAACUUGGUACUGUGCAACUAUAUUGCGCGCUAUCUGUAAUAGUCGGCUGGUGUCUCACUAUGGUCAAAAUGAUGCGCGAGAAGUUCGGCGAAGGGAAAAGGCCGAAGAAGUUGAAUCGACUUUGCCGUACGAUUCGGUUCGGCAUAAAAUUGGCUGGUAUUUCGUAACGUUCCUUCUCCUUGGCGUUCCCGACCGGUACUUGAGGCGUAUCAACAAUGUCGACCGUACCCACUCAGGAGACGGUGUCAAUACUCUGAGAUGGCGAACGUUUCUUAAAUUGUUAUGUAAAGAAUGGACCGAUAGCAAUCUGUUGGCAACUGUGCUCGUCUCGGCCACGGUGGCGUUCCUGGCAAUUCAAGGAAUCAGUGGAAUUACCGUCAUUGCAAGUAUUGUAGCCGCCCUACAUGCGCUUAGCUCGGUACUCUGUGGCAUGUUUCUCGUUUCCAGUCAUCAGGACCGUGUCGAAAGCUACGGUAUCACUGGGUUGACCUAUUUUACGCGGGCCAAAUCACGUAGCACUGGUACUGUCCGUCCCCUGGCAGUCAUUCUUAGUCUCCCGAUCUCGUUUAUGCUCUGGGGUAUGGUAUGGUUCAUAUUCGCGGUCGUCAGCUGCGCAUAUAAGUUUCCGCAAGGCGGCGAGGCUAAUCAAUUUCCCACCACUGCGGUUCGAGUAACGUCUUUCGUGUUCCUCUGUGCACUUUUAGUCAUAGGGGCCGUCCUCCUGUGGUUUUAUCGUGGGAUUUGGGGAAUGCCAUUCCCAGUCGAACAGCAGACUCAGUCUCAGUCUACAACAGCUCACAUGGUCACCGAACAGGGUGGAAAUCCACCUAUGAUGUAUUCCGGUGAUCAGUCUUGGGCAACGCCAUUCGCUAUACCGGUGUCCCAGGCUGUUCCGCUUCAUGCUGGGCCAGUAGCCGCUGUCGGCACGGCUGGGCCUUCUGAAAUGCCCGAGAUGAAUGCACAGAUACGCCCUCCACACCCUCCGCCACCAAUUGGUCCCGUAGCGGCAGCUCACUUUCCUCCCUAUGGUCAACCAAGCAAGGCCGCUCCGGUGAACAAUACAGUAGUCAACGCUUGUCUCCGGCCUCCUAUUUCCACGUCGACGGCAUUAGCCCCUCCCCCAAGCUAUACUCCGCCUCCGCCUCCAGCACCUUCUACAAAAUCAUCGGGAUCUAAACUCUUACUCAACCUUAUCGAUAAGGAGGCAUGGUUUACUGCUAUACAUACCCAACCAAGCUACGAUCAGCUACUAAUUGAUAUUCGGCGAGAGGCAGAAAAGUAUGGGGAAGUUCAAGAUAUCUCAAUUCCCAGAUACGGUUCGCUUGCUCAUGCUCAGAUUACAUUUGGUUCUCAAGCUGCGGCUGGUAACGCAUUUAUUGCGUUUCAGGAAAGUGGUUUGUUGGGACAUCAGGUGACUUAA